UAUUAUAAUUGUGGUUUGACAAAUUUGAUGCGUAAAAUGGUAUUUACGUGGUGAGAGUGUGCCGUACGAUGGCAAGACCAUUCUCUGCAUUGUCAUUUCAUGAGCUUGGCAACAAACUGAAGGCUCUCGUAUCCGAGCAACAAUACUGCGAAGCUUUGAAGCUUUUCAAGCUAAAGAUUCAUCCUUUGGGCAUUAAUGGCUUCCUACCGAUUCUUCCUUCCAUUGUCAAAGCGUGCUCUUUUCAGCCCGAUUCUCUCCUCGGUGCCCAGAUUCAUUCCGUGUGUCUCAAGUCAGCUUCCGAUUGCGACACCGUUGUGACCAAUUCUCUCAUCUCAAUGUACACGAAGCUGUGUAACAUGGACUCUGCUCGGAAGGUGUUCGAUGAAAUGCCUCAAAGAGAUACCAUUAGCUACUGCUCCAUCGUAAAUUCUUAUUGCCAAGGUGGGUUUUUGUCUGAAGCGUUGAAGUUGCUGAAGGAGAUGUAUUUUCAUGGUCUUGUUCCGAAACCUGAGCUGGUCGCUGCUGUUUUGUCUCUCUGCACACGAAUGGGAAGCGGCCAAACUGCAAGAAUGCUCCAUGCCCUUGUUCUUGUUGAUGAAAGAAUGCAGGGAUCGAUUGUCUUAUCAACGGCUUUAGUUGACAUGUACUUAAAGUUUCAUGAGCUGAAAACAGCUUUCCAUGUGUUCAAUCGAAUGGAGGAGAAGAAUGAGGUCUCAUGGACUGCCAUGAUUUCGAGUUGUGUUGCAGAUCAUAACUAUGGAAUGGGUAUUGAUUUGUUUAUCGCAAUGCAGAGGGAAAACGUUAGGCCCAAUCACGCGACGCUAUUGUCCAUUCUACCAGCUUGUGUUGAGAUAGGUUCUGGUUUAAGGAGACUGAAGGAGAUUCAUGGAUUCUCUUUCCGUCAAGGGUUCAACUCAGACAAUCAUUUAACAACUGCCCUUAUGACCGUGUACUGCAGAUGCGGUAAUGCAAUCCUGUCUAGGUUACUUUUCGAGAGAUCAAAGGUGAGAGAUGUUGUAAUGUGGAGCUCAAUGAUUGGAGGGUAUGCUGAAACUGGAGACAGUGCUGAAGCUAUGAAUCUGUUCAGCCGGAUGCGGAAAGAAGGAAUCAAACCUAACUCGGUUACUCUGUUGGCUGCAGUUUCGGCUUGCACCCAUUUGGCGUCAUUGAACCAUGCGUAUGGAAUCCAUUGCCACAUCCUGAAAAACGGCUUUAACUAUGACCUUUCAUUGAGCAAUGCCCUCAUAAAUAUGUACUCCAAAUGUGGCGGUCUUGUAUCUGCCCAUAAAGUCUUUGAUGAACUUGGCGUGAAAGAUCUUGUGUCAUGGAGCUCAAUGAUAAAUGCAUAUGGUCUUCAUGGCCGAGGUUCAGAUGCUUUGGAACUCUUUCAAGUGAUGACAGAAAGAGGAAUGGAGAUCGAUGCAAUGGCAUUUCUCGCUAUUUUAUCAGCUUGCAACUACUCUGGCCUUAUAGAAGAAGCACAGAAUUUAUUCAUGCAGGCGGUGGAAUGUAACAAGGUGCCACUCACUGUGGAACACUACGCUUGCUAUGUCAAUCUUCUAGGCAGGUCUGGAAAGAUCGAAGAUGCCUUUGAAGCCAUAAAAGAUAUGCCCAUGAAAUCAAGCCCGAAAAUUUGGAGUUCCCUGCUCUCAGCUUGUAAGAUUCAUGGCAAGCUAAAUGUGGCAGGAACCAUGCUUGCCAACCAGCUAAUGGAAUCUGAACCUGAUAACCCAGCCAACUAUGCAUUGCUGAGCAACAUUCACACUGAAUCUGGUGACGCACAUGGUGCAGAACAAGUGAGAAGGAUAAUGCAGAAACGAGGGCUGAAUAAAUGCUACGGAUUCAGCAGAAUUGAACUUUAAACAAUGGAGAAACAGUAAAAUGUUUUUAAUGUGAUCCUGUUUCUGCAAUGGAGAAGCCAGGCAUAUUGGACAUUCCUGGACAUUGUACAAUGCCUCUGUAAGUCCCUGUAAGUUGAAGAUAUCUUUCAGGCCAUAUGGAAACAGCCCAAUAAACCUAAUGCAAGCAUCUGAAGGCGUCUGAAUUCUACUUUCAAGUCCGAACCUAAUAACUCAGCAGCUCAAACCACUGUCGUUCAGGCAGAAGCUGGUUACAGGAACAAGAUAUACAGCAUAUGGAGAACUCUGUAGCAACUGUAGAAUUAUAAAAGUUUUGGUUAAUUCGUGUUCUGUAAAUUCAUAUUAACACAAUCAUGUUACCAUGUGAAUAUA